AUGAUGAGUGUUCAGCGUAACGGGGCGUUUCAGGAGUAUCUGGUUAUCGACUCCAGAGAGGCGUCACGGAUACCAGACGAAAUGGCGUUUGAAACAGCUGCCCCCCUGGCCUGUGCCGGCAUCACCGUAUGGAGGGGGAUACUGCAGGCAGAACUCAAGCCGGGACAAUGGAUUGGACUCGUUGGAUCGGGAGGCGGUCUGGGCCACCUGGGUAUCCAAUUUGCCAAAGCCAGGGGGUUGAAAGUCGUGGGCGUGGAUGCCAGAGAUGAAAGCAUUGCACUGUCACGAGAAACUGGUGCAGAUAUUGUGCUUGAUGCUCGUCUGGGCAAAGAAGAAGUUGCAAGACAGGCAUGGGAGGCCACUGGCGGCAAGGGUGUGGAUGCGUCAUUGACCUUGAGCGAUGCAAAGAUGGCAGCUGCAACUGCUUGCGCCAUAACCAGAAAUCAUGGAACUAUGGUACAGAUUGCUCUGCCUCCGGAGGUAUCAAUACCGUUCUCGGAAUACAUCUUUCGAGACAUUCGAGUAAAGGGAUCGUUCCUCUGCUCACAGAAAGAAGCAGAGGAGAUGCUGCAAUGCGUCGUCGACCACGAUAUCAAGAUCGAGAAGAACAUCUUCCAUGGAUUGGAUCAGGUGCCGACAGCAGUGGAGAUGCUGAGGACUGGUGGGUAUCGAGGGAAGGGGGUCAUUGUGAUAGAGGGCGCCUAA